AUGUUGCUUGCUUGUCUUUAUGUUGAUAAUAUAAUUUUCACCGGAAACAAGCCAGCCAUGUUCAAAGACUUUAAAAGAAGUAUGAUCCAAGAAUUUGAAAUGACAGAUAUUGGAUUGAUGGCUCAUUUUCUCGGCAUUGAAGUGGCACAAAGAAAAUAUGAAAUUUUUAUUUCCCCAAGUGGCUAUGCCAAGGAAAUUCUCAAGAGAUAUGGAAUAAAAAAUUACAAUCCAGUGAACACUGCUGUAGACAGUGGAGUGGAGCUCAAAAAAGGUACAAAGGCAAGUGAUGUGGAUCCAACUUAUUACAAGAGCCUAGUUGGAAGUCUUCGCUAUCUUACUUGCGCUAGGCCAGACAUGCUCUACGGAGUAAGACCGAUUAGCAGAUAUAUGGAAACACCAAAUCAGUCACACCUUUAUGCAGCAAUGAGGAUCCUUCGGUACAUCAAAGGUACAAUCAAUGAUGGUUUAUUCUAUAAAUCAACUGAUAAUUUCAGUUUUGUUGGCUACUCAGAUAGCGACUGGGUACGUGACUUGGAUGAACGGAAAAGUACUACGGAAUUUACUUUCUUUAUGGGAGAAGUAAGCAUAUUGACACCCGUUGUCAUUUCAUCCGCGAGCAUGUGA